AUGGUUCGAAUCAUUCCCAACCGUCUGAAACCGUCUGGAACGUCCACGGCCAACUCGGCAGCGAACAGCCGUAGCGCGAGCCCGUUACGGAGCAAGACCGAACCGACAGGCACUGAGGGACCCCUGGACACGGGGCUCGCCCUCAGUGUCGCGAUAUUAAAGGCCCAAGAUCUUGCUGCGAAGGAUCGUGGCGGCACUUCUGACCCGUAUCUGGUCCUCACUCUUGGUGAUGCGAAGCAUGUGACCCAUUCAGUACCAAAAACAUUGAAUCCAGAAUGGAACGAAACAUGUCGCCUGCCAAUCAACGGGAUUCCAAGUCUGAUUCUCGAUGUCUGUUGCUGGGAUAAGGACCGCUUUGGCAAAGACUACCUCGGGGAGUUCGAUCUCGCCCUUGAAGAGAUUUUUGUCAAUGAGAAAACGGAACAGGAGCCCCGUUGGUUUCCUCUUAAGAGCAAGCGCCCGGGCAAGAAGACGAGCGUUGUCUCUGGCCAGGUCCUUCUUCAAUUCACCCUCCUGGAUGCUUCUGAAAGGGGCCUCACCGACCGGCAGGUGAUAGAGACGUUUAACAAGUUCGUGAAGACUGCAUCCGAAGCUGAGCUUUCGCUGCCGCGCUCUGCUUCAAUGAACGCACUUUCUGCAUCGUCAAGGUCUUCUUUCAAGGCGGGCGCAGCCCCGGCAGCUCUGGCACCACCGUUGAGCCGACGGCCGACGGACAAUUACGAAGACGAGGACGAAGAUGCGUAUGACGACGAGAUUCCGGCCGAGGACGAGGAUUUGAGCAAGCCCGAGGCGGCCGAGAAGAGAAAACGGCGUCUGCGCAUCAAGGGCCUGAAGCGAAAGCGCCGGGACAAUCCCUAUGAGUUUACCAAUCUGGCUGGCGAUGUAGUCGGAAUUGUCUUUGUGGAAAUCAAAAACAUCACGGACUUGCCCCCAGAGUCCAACUUCACAAAGACGAGCUUUGACAUGGACCCGUUCGUGGUGGCCUCCCUGGGGAGAAAGACGUUCCGGACGAAGAAAAUGCACCAUAAUCUCAACCCUGUCUUCAAUGAGAAGAUGAUCUUCCAGGUCCAGGGUCAUGAGCAGUCGUAUUCUUUCGCGUUUACAGUCAUCGACCACGACAAAUACUCGGGCAAUGACUUUAUCGCUUCUGCAUCGCUUCCUAUCAAACAGUUCAUUGAUAAGGCUCCCAAAGCGGACCCCGAGACUGGGCUGUAUGAAUUGGGGGAUCUUCCAGAGUACGUCCCUGUUUUCCAGCGGAAUCGUUUUAAGCGUCUUGGAUUAUCACGCUCAUCGUCGGCUCAUAGCCUUGCCAGGCCCGGCCGAAGAACCCCAACCAAGACAGGAGCCGGUUCGAUCCUGCCGGCGACUGGCUCAACAAGCACAAGCACAAGCGCAAGCAGAGUAGAGCUUGACAGCCCAGUGCCAGCCGCAGCCAGUGCCGGAGAGGUGCCUGUGUUGUUAAACGAGGCGGGCGCGGCGUUGGCAGCUGUUGCCUCCAACGACCGCUUUCUAUCGGCAACGCCGUCUGCCGGCUCUGCUCCAGUGGAGGCUGCUGGCAGUAUCGGGACGCCUGGCGUCAGUCCGACGGCCACGACAGGGGAGUCUCCUCUAGAUGACGAGCAGGAGUUUACGACGGUCACUUUCCCGUUGAAGAUGAAGAACCUGGAAAAGUGGGAGGACAAGCACAAUCCGAUGCUCACAAUACGGGCCAAAUACAUGCCGUAUGCUGCCCUUCGCCAACAGUUCUGGCGAGCCAUGCUGAAGCAAUACGACGCGGACGAGAGUGGCCGUAUCAGCAAGGUGGAGCUAAUGACGAUGCUGGAUACGCUUGGCUCGACCCUGCGAGAGUCCACUAUCGACAGCUUUUUCCAGCGGUUCGCCAGCAAGACGUCUGGUGCCGGUGGCGUUGACGAUGAGUUCUGCGACCUGACAGUGGACGAGGUUGUCAUCUGCCUGGAAGAACAGCUCGAUGCGAAAUCGAAGCCUCAAGCGGCAGGUCCGCUCGGUUCAGGAGAAAGGACUUCGGGCCUUUUGUCGGUGCCCUCCAAGCUGAAGCUGGCCGUGGAUGAUGCCGCCGUGUCGCCUUUCGCAUCACGAUCUGCACCGCCUUCCGAAACGUCAGAGACUCCGGAGACACCCGCUCUCGGAGACGAAGCAGACCUGAUUGGCCGGGACGACUUGAGUGAUCGUGGCGAAGAGCACGUGGUCGAGAUCCGCGAAUGCCCCAUCUGUCACCAGCCGCGGCUGAACAAGCGGAAGGACACGGACAUUGUGACGCACAUUGCAACGUGUGCCAGCCAAGACUGGCGCCAGGUCAACAACCUGGUCAUGGGCGGGUUUGUCACGGCCAGCCAGGCGCAGAGGAAGUGGUAUUCCAAAAUCAUAACAAAGAUAUCGUACGGUGGCUACCGCAUCGGUGCCAACUCGGCCAACAUUUUGGUCCAAGAUCGAAUUACCGGGCAGAUCAACGAGGAGAAGAUGGGCGUCUACGUCCGUCUUGGAAUCCGACUUCUGUACAAGGGACUGCGAUCCAACAACAUGGAGAACAAGAGAAUUCGGAAAAUGCUCAAAGGCCUCAGCGUCAAGCAGGGAAGAAAGUACGACGACUCGGCAUCAAAGGCAGAGAUUCAAAAAUUUAUCGAUUUCCAUCAGCUUGACAUGUCGGAAGUGCUGUUGCCGGUGGAAGAGUUCAAGAAUUUCAACGAGUUCUUCUACCGGGCAUUGAAGCCUGGAGCACGGCCUUCAUCGGCACCCAACAACCCGAAGAUCAUCGUGUCGCCGGCAGACUGCAGAUCUGUGGUGUUCAAUCGCAUCAGCGCAGCCACCAGAAUUUGGAUCAAGGGCCGCGAGUUUUCGGUCCGACGUCUUCUGGGAGCCAGCGCAUCCGACGACGUGAGCCGGUACGAAAACGGAUCGCUUGGCAUCUUCCGCCUGGCACCACAAGACUAUCACCGGUUCCAUAUUCCGGUCGACGGCGUGCUCGGCCAGCAGAAGAAAAUUGCCGGGGAAUACUACACGGUCAACCCGAUGGCCAUCCGGUCGGCACUCGACGUGUAUGGCGAGAACGUGCGGGUGAUUGUACCGAUUGAGAGCGACAUCUUUGGCCGGGUCAUGGUGGUAUGCGUGGGUGCCAUGAUGGUGGGCAGCACGGUCAUCACGCGACAGGAGGGAGAGCGUGUCGAGCGAGCAGAGGAGCUGGGCUACUUCAAGUUUGGCGGUAGCACGAUUGUGCUUCUGUUCGAGGAGGGCCGGAUGAAGUUUGACGACGAUCUCGUGGAGAACUCGAACGGUGCACUCGAGACACUGGUUCGCGCGGGAAUGUCUGUCGGCCACUCACCCAGUGAGCCACACUGGAAGGCAGACAUGCCCAAAGCAGAGACGGAGGUCACGGAGCAGGAGAAGCAGGAAGCCAAGCGACGCAUACAAGGAAGCUCCUCGGCCGAGGACACGCCAGAAGAUAGCGGCGGCGACGAGAUCCUGGCUGCCGUCGAAUAG